AGUCGUCAGAUCCAGAUGGAACUUGGUACUUGGUUGGUUGUUGCGGUUUAGUUAAAGAUUGCGGAUUUUGGGGUUAUAAUGAUUGUAUACUGUUUAUUUACGUCUUGCAGGCUUUGAGGUUAUUAAGUUUCAUUCAUCAUUAUCGAAACAAGUUUUUAAUGUAAGUCAAGUUUAGUAUUUUUACGAGUCUUCUAUCGUAAAUGGAUUCCCCAAAGCAAGAGGUUUACCACCUCUACAACACUGACACUCCCUCAAGUAUGUCUCCAGACAAGGUGUCUCUCAGACCUAAGAGAGACGGGUGGACAAGACUAUUGGUGUUGGCAGCAGUGUCAACAACCCUCGGAUCAGCUGUUCCGUUCGGUUACAACAUUGGAGUUAUCAAUACACCUGCUCCACUGAUCCAGCAGUGGUGUAACCAGUCCCUGGCAUCAUAUAGCCUCACACCUGCAGGUCUGGAUAUGUUGUGGUCAACCAUAGUUUCUGCAUUUCUUGUUGGUGGCAUGAUCGGCUCUUUUGCCGGCUCCUGGAGUGCUGACUACGUGGGCAGAAAGGGUGCUUUGGUGGUGUCCGAUAUCUUGGGAUGCCUGUCAGCUGUUAUGUUCUUCGUCUCCAAGCCUAUGUCGUCUGUCACCUGUCUUCUCUUGGCUCGAUUUGUUGUGGGUCUCUCUUCAGGAUUGACACUCAGUGUUAUGCCGAUGUAUCUGAUGGAACUUGCACCAGAUUCGGUGCGUGGGGCAGUGGCAGUCCUCACCACAUUUGGUGUGACAUUCGGCGUACUCCUUGCUCAGUUCAUGGGACUUGAUUGGCUACUGGGAACGGCUGACCUAUGGCACUACUUGCUCAGUCUACACUUGGUACUGAUAUUGGUGUCAGCCACGGCACUCCCCACACUUCCAGAGAGUCCCAAGUACCUUUACAUAGUCCGAGGGCUCAGGCAACGCGCUUUAAAAGAAUUGUCAAGAUUACGAGGCUACCCGGCAGAGGAGGUUGCGCAUGAGCUGGAACUGGGAGAGGGGCGAGGUGAUACAAGAGGAGAGUGGGGAGUGGCAUCAUUGCUGUCUACACCCUCCAUGAGACUGCCACUUGCCCUUGUGUGUGCGCUACAGGCUGGCCAACAGUGCAGUGGCAUCAAUGCUGUAUUCUACUACUCAACACGGAUCUUCCAAUCUGCGGGGAUGAGCCAGACAGGUGCGCAGUAUGCCAACCUGGGUGCUGGAGUCAUCAACUUUAGCAUGUCGGCAGCAAUGAUACCCGUGGUCAAUAGCUGCAAGCGUCGCAGUCUGUUACACUUCAGUCUCAUCCCUACAACCAUCACUCUUGUACUGCUGCCUCUUUCCAUCUCCUUCUCGGAUGCAGUCAGUUGGAUGCCAAACUUCUCCAUUUUUUGUGUUCUGUUCUACGUCUUAGUGUAUGGCUGUGGUCUAGGACCCAUCCCGUAUUUUAUUGGAUCUGAGUUGUUUGACGUUGGCCCCCGAGCCCCAGCCAUGGCUCUGGGAAGCGUAGCUCAGUGGAUUGGGAACCUCACCGUCGGAAUGACGUUCCCCAUUCUCCAGAGACUUUGGGGACAAAACUGUUUCUACUUAUUUGCAGCCAGUACAGCCGCUCUCACUGUUUUUAUUCACUUGAAACUGCCAGAAACGUUCACACCACGACAAGCUGUAAGAGCAACUGGGAGCGAGAAACGGCCGCUCUCUAAGCAAGUGACGUCAGCGUGAACCCACUUUACUAACUGCCAUUUUGCGAUACCUUUAAAUAAUUUUUUAGAUAGUAGCUAUUUAGCUUUUUAUAAAAUAUUAUACACUUUAAUAAUGUAUUUUAUACAAAUGGAAUAUUACCAAUCCUUUGAAAGGGCUUCCCAUAUAUGUUCCUUAUUUAUAACAAUCAGUGUCUAAUUUAUGUGUUAAAUUUAUUCAUAUUAUUCAGCUUUCACUCAUCUGAUCUGGUGAGAAUUGUUGGUUGUUAAAGUGAAUCACUGGUAAGAUUAUAUUAACACUUGGUGACAUGCUCAACCGAGAUUCUAUCAUUUACAGUUUUUUGUUUGUGUGGUAUUAAAAUAAAGGGUAAUUGAAUAGUAAAACGAAUCUCCCUGUUUUAUGCUAUAGUUUAUGCAUUAAUAUAUUUUAAACUAUAGUCAUUAAAGAAUUUAAAAUUAUUGAAUAAAAAUAAUUAACUUAUCAUGGUAUUCUGUUACAAUUAGUAACGCAAUAACACAUACAGACAGGGAUUCCUUCACGAAAUAUGUGCUUCUGAAUCACAGACAUAUCGUACUUAAUAGCUGUAACAUACAACUGUAAUGCUUCUCUAGUUUUGAUUUUUUGUUGUCUGUAUAAUCUAAGUAUAAGUAGGCACGUUUCCUACUCUAGUCUAUUAAGAAUUUAUGUAACUCUUGUAUCAAUGUUUAGCUGUUUUCAAACUCCUUAUAUUUUAGUUGUAGAAUUUAUCUAUUAUAUUGUGUUAUCAGUGUCAAUUUUACCACAAUUGUUUAUUGUUCAGUACUGGAUAUGAUUCAAAAGCAAGCUUAAAGUGUUGUGAUAAGAAAACCAAAUAUUUAAUAGCACAGAAUUGUAUGUGAUACUCUAGAAAUCAUUUGAAUGUGAAUAUAUUAUCAUGCAGAAGUAAUAGUUUUAGUGAAAUGGACGGAUAUAGGCCUUAAAAGUUAAAAUUCUCAUCUUAAGAAAAUAUAAACUACGCCUUUUGCCAAACUUACUGUUGACCUAAAAUACAAAAACAUAAGUAGAUAUUCAGUUUAAGAAAUGUUCUUACUUCACUUGUUAUAAAAAUUUCCUAUUUACUCCAUAUAAACAAGGAGUAGAGGGUUUACUUACACUCUAUAGAAAUACAGCAACUUGAAAUGAAAAUGAAACAGCUGUUUUAAUUUAUUAGAAUAUUGCUUGAUUGUUCUCAGACAAUACUAAGGUGUGUUAUUUACAGUGGAUAACAAAUACAUUAGAACGUAAUAGGCCUAAAUGUGUAUUUUGUUCACUAAGAUUGAAUUAAGGAAAAACUUUUUUAUUGCAAUGGGAAUGUUUCAUGUCACCCUCAAAUGACUGCCACAUUUGGCUUCGCCUUGUCCAUUGUCAAAUCUUUGUCUCAGGGACAAAGUUGUACAUUUUCCCUUAAUCCACAAUAACAAUCCCUCCUACAACAAAUGUCUGCAAUUAAUGAGUCAGCUUUUGUGAAAUAACCCCUUGAGUCUUACCCCACAAGAACAAUAAUAAAUCUCAAAAAACUUUAUGGUUGAUUUCUCGUUUUAAUAAGUUGACUGUUGUAGAUAUGCAUUAUGGUGCCAGAUUAAGAAUAGUAUAUUCUUUUAGCAUUUAAAUGUUAAAGUACAAAAGGUUGACUUUUUCUGAAAAUCGACAAAACUAUCUAAAAAUCUAGGAUGCAUAUUAAUUAUAUCUUUAAUAUUAAAAAUCUCCUAUAGUUCUACAACCAAAAAUAAGAGAAUAAAAAUGUUUUAGGUUUUACAUUGUUGUGGGGAGCUAAAAUACAGAUGGCCGCACCUAUACAGCUGGUUUACACAGAUUUGGGAUGGAGAUGUUUGAUAGGAUUCCUCUGUAGAUAAAGAUAGGAAGUCUCAAAGAAAAUAUUGGGAGAUUUACAUCUACUGUUUAAUGUGGUGCAAAUAAUUAUUUUAAAAGUGAAGUGGGUUGUUCAACAAAAAUACAUGUUCAACAUGUAAUCUGUGUUUCUGAUAUACUGUCUCUGGAAAUUCUAGAUAAUUCUAACUGGGAUUUUGAUUUUAAAAUUUUGAAUUACUUCAUUCUCAGAUAAUAUUUUGAAGUCGAUAAAGUCCAUUUUUUAAACUCUUUCUGUAAUAAGUAAAAAGACAACAAUUCCUUUCAAGGUUAAGUUUUAAUGUAUAUAGAACUGUAAGCAAAUUAAAAUUAACAUUUUUAUCCAAAUAGCUCACUAGUGAGAAAUUAAGAAAUUUAUGUAACAAGUGCUCUUAGGGUUAAGUUAUAGCACAUUAGUUUUUAAAGGUAUUAUUCAGAAACAAACGCUGCUGAUUAUUUUUUUAGGUCUAAAUGUCAGUGAAAAUUGUAUGUUUUUCAUAUAAAUGCAUAUUGGGAAAAAUCAAUUUUCGGUAUAGAAUCUCUUCAGUAGAAAACUUCUUAUUUUACUUGUAAUCUAAUAGUAUUACUCUAAGAUAAGUUUAAACCAUAAUGUCUUAAGACUUCUUUCACAAUAUACAUAUUUCCAUAAUUAAUUGAUAGAUAACGUGGUGCUUUUAAGGUACUAAGUAGUAUAGUUUAGUGACAAUACUGAGUAUACAUGUUGGAAAUCUAAAUAAGAUGGACACCAAACAUUGUGUGCAUUCUAUUGGCUAUUGAAUAAAUAGAUGUAGAUUAGUGACAGCAUAAUUAAUACUUCUUCUUAUGUUUUGUGUGUGAUAACAGUGUUAUUAACAAAAAUCAGUUAUAAAAUAUUGAAUUAAUAAAAGACAAUCUAGUCUGCAUUGACUGACCUGUAAGUUUUGCUAGAUUAACAGUAGAUGGUGAUUUUUUUGUGAACAAUGUUUAGUUCUACUUCUGCUUAAACAGUUUCCAAACAAACAUAGGAAGAAAGGGAGAAAGAUUUGCUCAUGAUGAAUGUAUUAUAUGAUGAUUAUAUCCAGGAAUGUAUUAAUAAUUACCCAAUAACCCUGGAACUGCAACAUCUCAGUGAUAAGGAUAAAAAUGUAAUCGGAAAUGUAUAUAAUGUGCAUAUAGUUGUAAUCGGAAAGCUACCUACCUUCUUAUUUAGUUAUUUAUUUUGUUUCCUUUACAUGCAUCAGAAAUCACGAGAAAUCAUGUCAAGUGUAGAAAUGAGAUUUUCACGUUCCGAUCUAAAUAUUGUUCAGGCCAACUUUCAUUGAAGCAUUUCACAUAAAGCAAUUUUUUUAAUGCUAGUAAGCUAAGUACAUCUAGACAGUUAUAAACUGUUUGUAUAAUAAAGCUUCGUACUAUGCCAUCAGACAGCUGAUAGAGUUGUCUAUGCAAACUUUGUCAUACUGCAUGUUUAUGUUAUUGUGUCGGUUGUAAGGUUUAUUUAAACCAUUGAAUUUUUAUAUUUUAGUGAAUAAUGUAUAGUUAAAAUAUAUUGUUUUAUGGCCUUGGACAUAAGUAUUGCUAAUGAUUUUUUGUCGAUUCUGGAAAAAUCUAUGUUAAUUAAUUAUUUGCAAACAUUAAAAAAUUGUUUGCUUGUUAAAUGCUACAAACUAUGUACCUUCUCUAUCACUGCAAAAUAUUGUACCAAAUUUAUAUGUUGAAUUCUUUUCACUAUUCACUUGGAAGUUAAGUAUUCUAGAGAAUUUAGGCAUAUGUAAUGUUCUACAUGUAAUAAACUUGUACUAAUAUACAAAUUGUAAAGGGUAAAUUUUAUCCCUGUAUUUCUCGUGAAUUUUAGCCAAACACUAUUAUAAAUAUACAUGCUUACAAUAUUCUCACAGACAGGUUUUAAAUGUUUAUGUGAUAGAUCCCAUUGCAACUGCCUUUUGCUUCAUAAUACGUACAUCUAUAUGUUCUUCUCGUCUCUUGUAAAUAUUAACAGUGUAUAAGGAUUUUACUGUUUUUUACUUUUUAAUGUUAUGACGUUUUUUGAUAUAAACGAUCAGUUACAUUAUGAGGUGAAUAAUUCUUGUUACAAUACAUAGAUAAAAAAAUUAGUCAUAGUUACACAUUAAAAAUACAGUAUGAUAAAAAAUUAACAUUGUUGGUAUACACAAGGCACUACUAGUUAUUAAUUUUAACUAUUGUAUUAAGAAGUAAAUUAGUGUAUUAAGUAAUUUAAUAUGUUCUAUAAUGGCAUUACAUAGCCUGUUACUCGCAAUAAUAAUGUGGUAUAGCUGGUGAUAUCUGUUAGCUUACAGCUGGAAGCAGUAACGAAAUUCUACUGUUCACUAACACAUACCGAGGAAACAGAUUUUUGGGACUAUUUGUUAUUGCCAUGUAUUAAAAUAAAAUGCACUUUCCAGGGUUCCUUUUAGAUUUUGCCACAGUGCAGAAGAUAGAUCAGUCAGUAUUUUUAAAUCUUAUGGAAUGGCCCAUAAACCAUGAGGUCACGUGAAAUUUGUGAAAAACAAAUAUAAGCGUAGGACAAAUCAUUUAUAAUUUAAAAGGCUUUGCAGCUAUCAUGUAUUUUUAUUUAGAUAUUUGGUAUAAGAUCAAGAUUACUAGGUGAUAACUUAUUAGAUGUCAAUGUUAUUUUUCAAUUUGAUUCCAAACAAAUGUCUGUUUAAAAUUGUCAAUAUUUUGUGUUUAAUUACUUCUUCCUACUGCUUUUCUAGGAGCAAAGUGAGAAUUUGCCAAAGAGGCCUUACACAUUGUUACUGUUAAUGUUAAUAACGUAAGUGAUAUGUCUUCAGUAAUAAGUACUUUUUUAUUACUAGAUGCCAAGGUUAAGUCUAAGCUAUUGUUAAUAAAUUGAGGUUUUGUAUUAUA